GUCAAAGCCUUAUGCUUACAAGGAUAAUGCUCAUUGUUUCCAGGCAAUUUCUUCAUUAGAACUUUCAGUUUCACUAUUCCAAUAGUCAACUUCAAUUGAACUUUCAUAUACAGAAACUGAUAUACACAUACAUAGACAUAUAUACACACCUAAACACCUAUAUAUUCACAUCAAAACCCUCAAAACUCUUCAGUUUCGAGGAUUUGCAAGUGUUUUCAGUAAAAAUGGGAGGCAAGAAUUCAAGAGAAACAUCACCAAGAAUAAGGAGAGACUCCGGUUAUCUAUGGUCAACGAGUGUUACUUCCACACCAAGGCGUUACCAUGCUCAUCCAGCUCCUUAUAGUUACGGGCCACCACCGACUCAAAGAAGGUUGGAUAGAAAGUAUUCAACAAUAGCCGAUGACUACGAGACGCUUGAACAGGUUACUUCGGCUCUUGCUCAAGCAGGCCUCGAGUCAUCGAAUCUUAUUGUUGGCAUCGAUUUCACCAAAAGCAAUGAGUGGACAGGGACAAAGUCGUUCAACAGAAGAAGCUUGCAUAACAUCGGAGUGGUGCAAAAUCCGUAUGAGCAAGCAAUAUCAAUCAUCGGGAAAACACUAUCCGCUUUUGACGAGGAUAACUUGAUCCCAUGCUUCGGGUUUGGAGAUGCCUCGACACACGAUCAAAGUGUAUUCAGUUUCUAUCCGGAUUCGAGUUUUUGUGAAGGAUUUGAGGAUGUAUUGAAACGAUAUAGAGAGAUCGCUCCUCAACUCAGACUUUCUGGGCCUACAUCUUUUGCACCUAUAAUAGAAAUGGCCAUGACAAUUGUUGAAGCAAGUGGUGGUCAAUACCAUGUUUUGCUGAUUAUUGCCGACGGCCAGGUAACAAGAAGUGGUGAUACCGAGUUCGGUCAACUCAGUUCACAGGAACGGAACACCAUUGACGCCAUUGUAAAAGCAAGUAAAUACCCAUUGUCGAUAAUAUUGGUAGGGGUUGGAGAUGGUCCAUGGGACAUGAUGAAGGAAUUCGACGACAACAUACCUUCUCGAGCCUUUGACAAUUUGCAGUUUGUAAAUUUUACAGACAUUAUGUCGAAAAAUGUGGAUCCCAUGAAAAAACAGACAGAAUUCGCGUUAACUGCGUUGAUGGAAAUACCUUCACAAUAUAAAGCAACCCUCGAGCUCAAUCUACUCGGUGCCCGGACUGGUUAUUCUCCGAACACUGUUCCUCUUCCACCACCUUGCGGUGGUAAUUUGCAGUUCACGAAUCGAAGCACACGUCAGUAUCUUGUAAAUGAGACAGUAGUACAUCCGUCGUAUGACAAUAGGGUGUGUCCUGUGUGCCUUAGUAACCCCAAAGACAUGGCAUUCGGUUGUGGGCAUCAGACAUGUUGCAACUGUGGAAUCGAUCUUCAGUUAUGCCCAAUUUGCCGGGAUGUAAUCAACACCAAAAUAAGGUUGUAUCAAUAGCAUCAACUCAACAACAUAAUCUUAUUUAGUAUCUGAUUGAUUGUGUUUGACAUCGUGUCAUGAUAUUGCCCAUUCGUUUACAUCAUGUUUGAGUCUCCAUUGUGAAACAAGUCGUUUUGAAUGUAUUUUGUAUUUAUCAUGUACAAUCGCUUGUAACAUAAUCAAUUUUCUAUUUUGUAUUUUUGAUAGCUCCUCAAGUAAACAUGAAC